AUGCGUCUUUCUCUUUAUUUCUCCGGCUCUCUCUCUCUCUCUCUCUCUGGGUUUUCCCCCUCUUUUUCUGUUGCUGUUUGUUUUUCCCUUCUCAAUAUCUCUAUCCCUCACGCUCUCUCUCUCUCUCUCUCUUUCGCUCUGUGUGUGUGUGUCAUUUUGUUGCUGUUUGACUGUUUUUUCUUUCUCAAUAUCGCUAUCAGUCUCUCUCUCUCCCCCCUCUUUUUCUGUUGCUGUUUGAUUUUGCUUUCUCAAUAUCACUCUCCCUUACGCUCUCUCUCUCUUUCUCUUUCUCUCUCUCAUUUUCUGUUUCUAUCUCUAUUUUUAUCCACUAUUCACUUUUUCUCUAUCUGUCUACCUCGUUCUGUUUUGUUUACUCACUGUUCUCUGUCUCUCUCGCUAUCUAACACUCUAUUUUGGCAUUUCUCUCUCCCUCACUCUCUUUCUUCCUCUCUCUGCAUUAUUCUCUCUGUAUUCCAAUUCUGUUUUUCUAUCACUGUUUUCUCCCCCGUCUCUCUCGCUUUCUCCACCCACCUCUACCUGUCUUCUCUCUCUCUCUCUCUCUCUCUGUCUCUUCUCUCUCUCUCUUAUUCUUCUCUGUGUCUCCAUUAUCAAUUUAUUUUCUUUGCUCAAAAUAUUGACUCUCUCUCUUUCUCUCCCCUCCACUCUCUCUCUCUCUCUCUCUCUCUCUCUAUCUUACUCAUCACUCUCGAGUCUCUUUCUUUUCCUCUCUCUAACUUCCCUUCUUCUCUCAUUAUCUCAUUCUUUCUAUCUGAUCUGUUCUGA